GCUGUCCAUCCCCUUCCCAUAGAGCAAGAAUACAGGGAUCGUAGAGAAAGAAACAUCUCGAGCUAUGCCGGAACACCGAGAGAAGCAGCCCGACCUCACGCUCUCCCCCAGCUUCGGCGAGGCCCAGGAGGAGAUCACCACCAUCCAUCGGGAAUCCCCUCAUCAGAUCCCCCCUGCCGAUCGCCCCGAUGAGGAGGGCGCCGACGACGACGACUCCAGCGACGAUUUCGAGUUCACCUUCGUGGGGAGGGACCCGGUGGCGGACGCCUCCAUCACGGCCGAUGAGAUCUUAUCCAACGGCCGCAUCCUUCCCGCCUACCCGGUCUUUGACCGCAGCCUCCUCCUCUCCACCGUCGGCGAACCGGCGACGGGGGUAGAGGAGGGGGUCCCCCUCCGGCGGCUCGUGAUGGAGGACCGGAGCUCCUCGUCGUUUGAGGCGGUAGGGGAGUAUUGUGCGUGGUCGCCGCGGUCGGCGCCGCAGACACCAGAGCGCUGCAAGAAGAGCGCCUCCACUGGGUCGGCCCGGCGGUGGCGGCUCCGGGACCUGGUAGUGGGGCGGAGUCACAGCGACGGGAAGGAGAAGUUCGUCUUCAUAGCGGCGUCGCCGUCGCCUCCAUCGAUGGAUAAGACCAAAAACUCUCAUGCUAACCCUAAGGCAGCGAAUGCGCCGGCAAAGAGAGCGGGUCGGGCGACGGAGUUGGAUCUGGCUACCGCCCACCGGCUGUACUACGGGAAGGGGAACGGGGAGAAGGUGAAAGGCGGGCGGCGGUCAUUCUUACCUUAUCGGCAGGAGCUGGUCGGAUUAUUCGCCAAUGUGAACGGCUUCAGCAGGACGCAUCACCCCUGCUAAAUUCCGUGUUUUUUCGGUCGAUCUUUUCUUUUCUUUUUUAAUUUGCUGUAAAAUAUAAAAAUGCGAUUCGGUUAGGGGGCUUUUUCUUAUCCGGAAAACUUGGCUGGCAUCAACAAAAUGAGAAAAAAUCAUAAAUUUAUUUUUUAAUUCAAAGAGAUUGACCAUGCUAAUAUUAAUGUAAUUACUUUUAUAA